AUGAGUGAAGAUUAUCACUAUUUGGACAAAGCAGGCAUGCCGCCCUCAGUCAAAACCGUUCUUGAGCCUGCUCCCGCCGAAGGCAUUUCAGUCACAGUUGAAGCUCGAGAACUCCGUCCUCGAUUUUCGGUUUUGUCUGCCAUUGGAAUACAGUUCAGCAUCUCCGCCACCCCCCUUGCCGUUGGGUCGUAUAUUGUCUUCACCCUGGGGGCUGGUGGUAGCCCUUUCUUCUUCUACGCCUUCCUCGUGGCAGCUCUUGGUCAACUGAUUAUAUGCACCUGUAUGGCAGAGAUUGCGUCGGUCUUCCCUCACGCAUCUGGCCAAGUGUUCUGGACAGCGGCUUUGGCUCCACCCAAAUGGUCUCGAUUCCUUAGCUACUGGAAUGGUGCAGCUACAACUCUAGGUUGGAUUUUUGCCAAUGCUGGAACCUACGUUUUUACCGCUCAGAUCUGGACGGCGACCAUGAAGAUUCGAAAUCCGAGUUGGGAAGUUCAGACCUGGCAAGUAUUUCUCAUAGCAUGUGGCUGUGCCGUGAUCGGAGUCAUCCUCAACAUCUGGUUGUUCGACUACUACCCGCAUGUUACGAGAUUUAUGGUUGUUUUCAUCAAUCUAGCGACCGUUUACGUCCUUGUGACACUUCUAGUCCGCGCUACACCAAAGGCCUCUGCACGUACAGUUUUCAUCGACGUAAUCAACGAAACUGGUUGGGGGUCUAACGGACUAGUUUUUCUCCUUUGUUUCCUCCCUGGGUGUGUGGCAAUCUCUUGCUUCGACACAGCGGCACAUAUGAGUGAAGAGAUGGACGAGCCGGAACGUCAAAUUCCCUUGGUGAUGGUCGGAGGGUCUCUCCUGUGUGCUUUGACGGGCAUUCCAAUGAUACUGGUCUAUCUCUUCUGCACCGUUGCACCUAUGCACUUGUUGGAGCCUGCGGGUGGCCAACCUGUCUUUCAGCUAUUCAUGGACGGGUUCAGAUCUGACGCGCUGUUGACGGUCGCCAUGGUUAUCUACUGCAUUGUUUAUCUUUCGUCAUGCCCAGCCACGAUUGCAACCACAAGUCGACUUAUAUGGUCUCUCGCGAGCCAUGGGGCCCUGCCAUUUGGCAACUUCAUCGGCUACGUUGAGCCUAAACGCCAGAUUCCAGCUAAUGCCGUCUACAUUACAGCUGUGAUCUCAAGCCUCGUCGGACUACUGAUUUUUGGUCCGACCACAGUUCUGAAUGGCGUCUUUGGCGCCGGUGCUGUCUGCUUCUUCUUCUCCUAUGGACUCCCGAUAUGGCUCAAUGUGGCGACCUUAGGCAAGCAGCUCCCCUCUACUCGUUACUUCAAUCUGAAAGGACUCAGCCUUCCGCUCAGCAUCAUGGCAAUCUGCUGGCAACUGAUAACGGUUGUGUUUUUAUCCUUCCCUAUUUACAAGCCUGUCACUACCACCAGCAUGAACUGGGCAUCGCUCUGUGCUGUUAUUGGUCUUGGUCUUGGCUUGAUCAACUGGUUCGCAUACGCCAAAAAGCACUAUCAUGGUCCAAAGGCAUUAUUCGUUGCUGGAAUUCACGGCCGCCAGAGUGUUUCAUUGGAAGAUUAA